AUGCGUGCAAAGCAUAUGUCAAUCGUCAACAAUCAGGUUCAACAUCACAAGUAUCAGAACGAGGUUGGGUUAAUUCUUUCUCUGUGCUUGUCUGCUUGUCUCUAUCUGAUGGAACAUGUUAGUGGACCUGAUUCAUGUGCAUUGCUUGCAACUGUCUCUUAUGAUAGAUCAGCUGAUCCUGUGUCACUGAAGAAGAUGAUAAAGAUAUUGAGGGACUAUGAGAGAACAUCUGGGCAGCUUGUUAACAAUGAUAAGAGUUCAUUCUAUGUUCAUGAGAAAGUACUAGCAGUUGUGGUUGGUAGGAUAAGAAGGAAAACUGGCAUGAGGAAAGGCUCCUUUCCUUUUGCAUAUCUGGGAUGUCCAGUAUUCUAUGGUAGAAGGAAAACUGUCUAUUAUGAAAACUUAAUAAAGAAGGUGAUGAAUAGAGUAAUGUCUUGGCAAAAUAGGUUUCUAUCAUUUGGUGGAAGAUAUAACUUGAUUGCACAUGUCUUACAGAAAAUGCUAGUUUAUUUAUUAUUUGCAAUGAAUCCAUUGAAAGGGGUUCCAACUCAGUUGCACAAGAUUUUUGCCAAGUUCUUUUGGAGUAAUACUAUAGGGGUUAAAGGGAACAAGUACUGCAAGAAGUUGCAUCCUGUUAUAGCAUAA